AUGGAUGCACACGAAAUUCCAAGUGGCCCUCUGGUCGGGAAGGCCUUGUUAUACUUCACCAGUGUUUUCGUCAGUCUGGGAGUGUUCCUGUUUGGAUAUGACCAGGGUGUCAUGUCUGGUGUCAUUACAGGUCCCUAUUUCAAGCUUUAUUUCAACAAUCCCUCUAGCUCUACUAUUGGAACCACGGUAGCGAUUUUGGAGAUUGGAGCUUUGGUCUCGUCUCUAUAUGUGGGGCAUAUUGGCGAUGUUAUUGGCAGGAGAAGAACGAUUAGAUAUGGGGCCUUAAUUUUCGUGAUUGGUGGAGCGGUCCAAACUUUUGCUGUGUCAAUCCAUAACCUGAUUCUGGGAAGAAUCAUUAGUGGUAUCGGCGUGGGUCUGCUGUCCACCAUAGUACCGGUUUACCAGUCUGAAAUCUCACCUCCGCAUAAUAGAGGAAAGCUGGCCUGUAUAGAGUUCACAGGAAAUAUCGUUGGAUAUGCCAGUUCAGUGUGGACAGAUUAUUUCUGCACAUUUAUAGAGAGCGAUCUGUCUUGGAGAGUGCCAUUGUUUGUCCAAUGCGUCAUCGGAAUGUUUUUGCUGUUCGGUUCGUUUGUCAUUGUGGAGAGUCCAAGAUGGUUGCUGGACCACGAUCACGAUGCUGAGGGAAUCGUUGUGAUUGCGGAUUUGUAUGCUGGUGGUGAUGUCAAUGCGGAAGCUGCUCGUGAAGAGUUUCGGGGCAUAAAGGAGUCGGUUCUCAUGAGCAGGAUGGAGGGCGAAAAGACUUAUUCUGAGAUGUUCAAAAGAUACUCCACACGUCUGUUUAUAGCCAUGUCGGCUCAGGUUUUUGCCCAGUUCAAUGGUAUCAAUGUGAUCUCGUAUUAUGCACCCUUGGUGUUUGAACAGGCGGGCUGGCUAGGCAGAGACGCCAUUCUCAUGACCGGUAUAAACGGUAUCGUAUAUAUCAUGAGCACAAUUCCGCCUUGGUAUCUAGUGGACAACUGGGGUCGUCGCCCAAUUUUAAUUUCUGGUGGUAUAAUCAUGGCAUUGUCACUGUUCAUGGUCUCUUAUGUGAGCUACUUGGACAUCGCCAGAACUCCAGCUUUGGUUGUCACGUUCGUGAUAAUCUACAAUGCAGGGUUUGGCUUUUCGUGGGGUCCAAUUCCUUGGUUAUUUCCCCCAGAAAUUCUGCCUUUGAGUGUUAGGGCCAAAGGUGCUUCCAUGUCGACUGCUACCAAUUGGGCUGCGAACUUUGUGGUUGGUCAAUUGGCACCUGUUCUGUUGGAAACAAUCCAUUGGAGACUAUAUUUGAUCCACACUGCCUCGUGUAUCAUAUCUGUGAUCGUGGUAAUCACUGUGUAUCCAGAAACGUCUGGUUUGCAACUAGAAGACAUGGACUCGCUGUUUGACGAUAGGUCGUCCACAUUUAGUUUCCAUGGAAAUUCAUCAACGUACGGAGCCACUAACGACGACGACACAAGCUUGCUGAGCUCAAGGUUUCGCUCAGCAGCAGCAAUGGCUAGGCACCCUCUCGGUGACUCUAUUGGUUCGCAUUCCCAGCUAUUACACACAAGCGAUAUGAGUGUCCAUUCGCAAACUGCUCAUUCUCCGUUGAUCCAGCCUCAAGAUGUGGAACCUCCAGACCUCGCUGCCAUCCUGGCAUACAAAAAUAGCGACCAGAAUAGCAUUCGUGGAAGCAUCAGAAGGGGCAGUGAGGCUGUUUCUUCAAUCUUUAAGUUUGGCAAAAAGGAUGGUGAUAACGAAAGCGCGUAUGAGAGUGACGAUCAGAGCAGCUCGCACGUUUAA